UUCCCGCGGUCACACUUAUUUUGCGAGCACAUUUUGUAAACAUUAAAAUCCAUAGAUAUGCACAAACGACGAGCUCCCAAGUCAAUAAAUAAACCACCGCCAAUUCAGGGACCAAUCAAGAAACCCACGGCAGUGGCGGAACCGUCCAUCGACGAGGACGUCGUGACCCAACUGGAAGUGGAGCUCUGCUGGUGCGUGGAGCAGUUGCAGAAUGCGCUCGACAGCGGAAAACUAAGCCAGAAAGCAGCCGAGGAUACCGCCAAAAACCUGAAGAUCCUGAAAAGCUCAACAGCCCCGUUAAUAAGGAAGCGCCAGGUGAUGAAGCUGUCCAUGGGCGACUACCGAUCGAAGAUGCAACAGGAGGAACAGAAAAUGGCGCUGGCCUCCAAGCAAAUCAAAUUUACUCCAGCCACUGACACAACCACCAAGUCCAGCUUCGUGAAAAAAUCUGCGCUUUUGACUUCCGGAAAGGACUUCCGCUUCGACUUUGCCCUGAUCGCCGACGACCCUAAUACAAAGGAGGCAGAUCCAGCUCCAAAGUUGCAGCCUUCUUUCCAGGAGAGUUCCGGAAGCCCGUUCAAGUUCAACUUUUCCAUUGAAGAAGAUUCCGCUAAUGAUAUUAACUUUAAUGGCUUAAAUUUAAAUAACUAGUUACAAAUGAAUGGCAUGAAAGACUGACUGCACUUACUAGUGCCGUUGUGCCACUUUCUACUUCGCAUCCAAAUAAAACGUUUAUUAUAAAACAAUUGUUCAUUUUUAAA